AUGAUGCGGAUUGCAGUCGCCGGCGGAAGGGGCUUCGGGUUUCUGCUGGCGACAGAAUUGGCACAGGCGGCGAAUGCGUACAACGUUGUUGUUCUAUCAAGAUCUGCAAGGCCCGAAUUCGACCAGUUCGACGUCCAAGUCCAUGUCGUAGACUACCACGACCACAACAGCCUAGGUUUUGCGCUCCAAGGGGUCGAUCUGGUCAUAUCAACGAUAUCCGGCACCGAACAGCUGCAUCUCAUCGAUGCUUCCGGGCGCGGGCGCGUCCGCAUGUUUGUCCCCUCAGAAUUCGAAGGGCCCCUUAGCCGACGGCCCUCGCGGAAUGAUCCCCUAGAUCGCGGGUCCUCGCAAGCGCUUGCUCUGCUAAACCAGUGGUCUGAGUCGUCACGAAUGAAAUAUACCGUUUUUUCAUGCGGCCUCUUUAUGGAGCGAUUUCACCCUUGCGGCAUUAUUAACACCUUUGGCAUCGGCCACGGCUCUGGCGUGGGCGGUCCUGGAGAAUUUCUCGUCAAUUCUGGGACAGGCGCGGCCGAGUAUCCGGAACAAGAUUCCAAAGGGCAUUCGGUACGUGUUUGCCUCACAUCGGUGUACGACGUGGUUCGAUACAUCGUGGCAGCUGUCGACCUGGGGCCCUCGCAUUGGCCCCGUGAGUAUACCAUGUUCGGGGACCGGAUGAAAGUCCGAGACCUCAUCACCACAUACAGCACCGCUUGCAAUGCGGUGUUUACACGGCAUGUGCAGCAGCCCGCAGAACUCGAAGCCUUGCUUACCUAUUAUGCUCAACUGGGCGACUAUGGCAAGGUGGCAUACUAUCAGAGGCUCCUUGCGACAGCCAACGGGCGGUACGAUUUCUCACAGGCGACACUAAACGAAGCCGUCAACCGGAGCAGUAGCGUCAGCGUCCAGCCAGUGACAUUCGGCGCCUGGCUGACGAGCGUAUGGCAAACAUUUUAG